CCGCCAUUUUCAAUCAGGACUGGGCAAGUGACCAGGCAGUGUACAAGUUAACCGAGUUAAGAAUACCAGAUAGAACCAAGUUGUUGCAAAAUAGCAGUGUCCAUCAUGGCUGAUGAAGAUGAGGAAAACACAAUGAACAUUCUGAUAGCUACAGACUGUCACUUGGGUUACAUGGAAAGGGAUGUGGUGCGGGGUAAUGACUCUUUGGUAACCUUUGAGGAAAUCUUGCACAAGGCAAAAGAACUGGCUGUAGACUUCAUUCUUCUUGGUGGAGAUCUAUUCCAUGAGAAUAAACCAUCUCGGAAGACACUUCAUGGGUGCUUGGAACUUUUAAGACAAUAUUGUAUGGGAGAUAAACCAUGCCCGGUGGAAUUCUUGAGUGACCAAGCAGUGAACUUUGGUGAGAGCAGAUUUCCAAUUGUCAACUAUGAAGAUCCAAAUUUCAAUGUGGGAAUUCCAGUAUUUUCUAUUCAUGGUAACCAUGACGAUCCUGCUGGCAUGGGGAAUUUGUGUGCACUUGACAUUCUCAGUGUGGCAGGAUUUGUGAAUUACUUUGGUAAAACCACUUCUUUAGAGGAGAUCAGUAUUAGUCCUGUGCUGCUGCAGAAAGGGGCUACUAAGUUGGCCUUGUAUGGACUUGGAGCUUUACGAGAUGAGCGUCUUCACAGGAUGUUUGUGCGCAAAAAGGUCAGCAUGCUCCGACCCACUGAAAGCAAAGAAGACUGGUUUAACCUCUUUGUAUUACACCAAAAUCGAGCCAAACAUGGACCUACAAACUACAUUCCUGAGCAAUUUUUGGAUGAUUUCCUUGACUUGGUAUUUUGGGGUCAUGAGCAUGAGUGCAUUAUUGAGCCUUGUCACAAUCCUGUGCAAAAUUUUUACAUUACACAGCCAGGGAGCUCUAUAGCUACCUCACUUAGUCAGGGGGAGUCUGUAAAGAAACACUGUGGGCUGCUGAAAAUUAACAGAAGAAACUUUAAAAUAACCAAAGUGGAACUGGAGACAGUGCGCCCGUUCUACAUGGAGGAUGUGGUAUUAAGUGAGACUAGUCUGAACCCAGAGGAGCCAGAAGUUUCAAAACAAGUUGAGGCCUUCUGCUCAGAGAAAGUUGAAGCAAUGAUUGAGAGAGCUGAGAGUGAGCACACUGGGAACCCAAGGCAGCCAGAUAAGCCACUGAUCAGACUGAGAGUGGAUUACAGUGGAGGGUUUGACCUCUUCAGCACUGUCAGGUUCAGUCAGAAAUUUGUGGACAGGGUAGCAAAUCCUCGUGACAUCAUCCAUUUUAUGAGGAAAAAGCAGGUGGACAAGAAGGACUUUAAACCAGAUGUAUUCCUUGACAAGCAACUAAAGCCAGAGGCCUUAGACAGUGCAAGGGUAGAAGACAUGGUGAAAGCUUACUUCUCAAAUGCAGAUGAGACUCACAAACUGUGUCUUUUGACAGAAAAAGGUCUUGGGGACGCUGUGCAAGAAUAUGUUGACAAGGAAGAAAAAGAAGCUAUUUCCGAACUUGUGAAGUACCAGCUGCAAAAAACACAGCAUCACUUAAGGUCUAGAAAUGCUACAGAGGAAGUACUGGACAUGGAAGUCAUGCGAUUCCGAGACGAGCGCAAAAAGAAAGCUGGCGAAGAAGACGAGGAAGUGCAAGAAGCUUUCAAAAGAGCCCGGGAGUUGCGUCCCCAGAACGAGAGCAAUAAUAUUGGUAGUAGUGAUGAAGACAUGGACCAAGAUGAGCCAGAUUCUAACCAGGGUAUUCCCACAGGGCAGGGACGGGGUAAAAAGACAACUACCAGAGGGUCCACUAGAGGACGUGGCUCUGAAAGAGGAGGCAGUUCGAGAGGGAGAGGACGAGGAAGAGGAAGAGGCAAAGGAACUGUCCCUUUAGCCUCUUCUUCCAUCAAGGAUGCGUUUGCUGCUGCUUCCCAGUCUUCCAGAUCAGCAAAGUCAUCGCAGAUUUCCAUGCAUGACAUAUCAGAUGAUGACGAUGAUAUGAACACAUUUAGGUCUACUUCACACAAAGUAAAUAGUGCAUCAGCCAAGAGAAAGGGCAAGGGAGUAGCAUUCAGUGAUGACAGCGAUGAGGACUUUCCAACGAUGCCAACAAAGAGGCGUAGGUAGUGACAGGAUUCUUGGCAAAAGUUGAUCAUCUUAUUUAGCAACCCAGCCAGCCUCAGCAAUUGUAAAUGUUGAAUUGGACUAUUGGGAACAUAGAGAAGUACAAGGGAGGUGAAAAAUUAUACCCUUUGCAGCCAUCUCCUCCCCACUCCACUUCUCUUUGACUCAGAAGUUCAGACGGAAGGACCCAAUACUCAUGGCCAAUCAAUAAUUGCUGCAAAAAUAGUGCACCUCAUCAGCCCUGGCUAGAAAAUCAUUAUCCUAGCGUCCACAGGAUGGGUGUCACACUUGGAUUAAAAGGACCACAACCAGCUGGGUGCUGGCAUUUUCAAGGUCACAGAUGAUUUAUGCACAAAACAGAAUGGUGCUUGUAAUUUGUCAUUUAUGAUGUCUUCUUUUAUAUUAUCAUUUAAGGAGGUUUUAAUUGUAGUUUACUGGUGUCUGGAUUUCAGAGCAGACACAGGCCAGCUUCUCCAUUUUCAUAUUUCCAUAUGUGCUUCUUUGUCAUGUCUGAAUUUAGGUGGCAUUUGAUUGAAGUUUACCACACCAGUCAAGAGUAUUAACUGCCUCUAUAGAAUACACUUGCUACCCAUGCAUUCUUCAGAAAUAAUACACUAGUACACUGUUUUCAUACUUUUACUUUAUCAAGUAUGUGAAACCACAAUAUAAUGUACAAACUAGGCAAGUCACACUUCUCUAGGUACCUUGUUGUUUGCAAACCUUGGUACAUCUCCAUAUCAAAUUGGUGUCCAAAGAAACUUCUUAAAAUUUAAAAAAGUAGGAAAUUGCUCUUGAUGCAUGCUGAGCAGAAUGAGGAAAAAUUAUAAAUGGCUAGCAAAUUUUUUUAACAUAUGGUUGUAAAUAUGCUAGAGGAUUGGCAAGAAAAAAGGAACAUCUCAUCCUUGUAUUUUUAUUUUGCUCAGUAUAAUAGUAUUAUGUUUUCACUUCAUGCAAAAUGUACAAAAAAACAAAAUAGAAAAAUUGGUUUUAUGCCUUUUAUGAUAUGUUAUGCAAUAUUAUUGCAAGUUUAAUUAACAACAAUAAAAGUUGGGAUUAUUCCAUAUCAUGUGUAUCGUUGCUGUCUCAUUGCUGUGAUAAAGUAACUUCGUGUCACAUGUAUAUGACAUGAAAUAGCAUAUAUCUCAAUUUUAUAGAUAGUAUUUACAUACGUAUACCCACAAAAUCUAUCAGAAUCAGAGGUAAAAAGAAACAUCUUGCUAUAUAUCUUCAUUUGAAAAUUCUUGAUUUGUGGUAGCUCUUGUCAUUGUCUUUGAAAAUUCUCAAAAUAACUAGUGCUGAACCCAAGUUCUUGCUGAUGGUUGUCCAGCAGGCCAUAGGUUUAAGAAUAUUGCAUUGGCUCUUCUUGU